UCGGGCUCCAGAGCUAGAAAAGAGCGUCGAUGCCGGCGGCAGCGAUGAGUUGUAGGAGGAGCUGGGUGCUUGGCGUUGCUGAGGAGCGGCUGCUGCUACUGCUGCUGCUGGUGGCCUCUUUACAGAUGUAUUGCUGUCAUUGAAUAUUGGCCCAUUUGAAAGUGCUAGGGAAGCUCAAUCAUCAGGAUGUCCAAGUACAAACUGAUUAUGUUAAGACAUGGAGAGGGCGCUUGGAAUAAAGAGAAUCGUUUUUGUAGCUGGGUGGAUCAGAAACUUAACAGUGAAGGAAUGGAGGAAGCUCGGAACUGUGGAAAGCAACUCAAAGCACUAAACUUGGAGUUUGAUCUCGUAUUCACAUCCAUCCUGAAUCGGUCCAUCCACACAGCCUGGCUGAUCCUGGAAGAGCUGGGCCAGGAGUGGGUUCCGGUGGAAAGCUCCUGGCGUCUAAAUGAGCGUCACUAUGGAGCUUUGAUCGGUCUCAACAGGGAGCAGAUGGCUUUGAAUCACGGUGAAGAACAAGUGAGGCUCUGGAGAAGAAGCUACAAUGUGACCCCACCACCCAUUGAGGAAUCUCACCCUUUCUACCAUGAAAUCUACAAUGACCGGAGGUAUAAAGUGUGCGACGUACCUGUGGAUCAGCUGCCCCGAUCUGAAAGCUUAAAGGAUGUUCUGGAGAGACUCCUUCCCUUUUGGAACGAAAGGAUUGCUCCUGAAGUAUUAAGUGGCAAAACCGUUCUGAUAUCCGCUCAUGGAAAUAGCAGUAGGGCUCUCCUGAAGCAUCUGGAAGGUAUCUCCGAUGAAGACAUUAUCAACAUUACUCUUCCCACUGGAGUCCCCAUUCUCCUGGAACUGGAUGAGAACCUGCAUGCUGUUGGGCCCCACCAGUUCCUGGGCGACCAAGAAGCUAUCCAAGCCGCCAUUAAGAAAAUAGAUGAUCAAGGAAAAGUGAAAAAACAAGCUGAAAAAUGAAGGCUUUCCCAUUUGCUGGCUAGGAAUAGCUGAAAAAAAAGUGGCAUGCAGUGUUCUAUGGGUGCUGAUCUCUCUCUUUCUUUUUUUUUUUUCCCCCCUGAUUUUUCCAGAACUGGGCUAUGGGGUAGAGUUUAUAUAGGUAAUUAGGGAACUUAUGUUGCCCAGGUAAAGGCUUUAGGAUGCCUGAGGACUUUGUCAUGUCUUAUGAAUGAACUCUCCUGCUUGUCCUGUUUGAAUUAGUCAUUUGUGGGGCUAAUUAGUAACAGUGGUGGUUAAUCAAUGUCCUAAAUAUCUAAGGAGAGUAACAAGUAGAGGUGAAGUUUAAGGUAUUUGUCAUUCAAUAAAUCAUUAUUGAGUCACUGUGGACAGGCACUACUUAUUCUAAUAAGUAGUUCACUUUUAUAUUUACUAAGACUUUCUGGGAUGAUAGUAAGCUAUCUUAGAUAAUAUACUCUAAUUAAGUAUUUAUUACUAGGCUUCUCCUCUAGGCAAAGGGAUGCUUUGCCAGUUAAAACCAGAGGCCCAUUAAAUGGGGGAAAUCAUAGAUGGGUUUCUCCAAGAAAGCCACCAACAAACAGUAAGGCCCUUUGCCUUGUCUCUAGUCCAGAGACGUCCUUUCUUUGACAUUUGGUAGGAAUGCCCUUUGGCUGCUAAAAUUAGCAGCAUAGAGACAGCCCUAGCUGUUGGUGUUCUCCUUUUGUUUUGUUCUGUUGAACUUCAAUCUUUGGGUACUUAAAAUUGGUUUAAAAAUAAAGGUCUGUGACCGAAAAAUGAAUAUCCCCAAAGCAUCUCCAUGUAAGUGCUAAACAUUAGGUAAAGGCUUCUGAACUAGUCUUUGGCUCCGAAUCUUCCUGUAACACUCGAAAAGUUGCAUGGACACUCCCGAUUCUCUAUAAAUUGAACAUCGGGGUUGGGGGGAAGGUAGAAUAUAGUGCAUGUAAUUUUAUUCACGUGAGCAGGGAAAACAUGGUACGUUGGGGCUUGUCAUAUACAUGUAUUGUUCAUCCGCUGAGAGCAAAUGAUUAUAGUACAUACUGUAGAGCAGCAUGGGUAGGCCAUGGGCAGACAUGAUUACUUCUCAGUCUCAGUGACAGUUUUCCAGAUCGUAUUUUUAAAUGUCAUGGGUACGUAAGUCCUCAUUUCUUUAAACUCUUGCCUUAUUUCAAGGCAGGUGACCUGUAGUUCAGUGAUAAAGUCAUGGGGAAAAAAUUGUAGCUAUUUAUCAGUUUUUCAUGGUUUUUCCAUUGGCAGAUUAAUCUGUUUGUAUCCAUUUGAUGAUAAAUGGCAAUAGAAGAAGACUAAUUUAAACCCUU